AUGGGACUAUGCAAAUGUCCGCAGCGCAAAGUCUCCACCUUAUUCUGUUUUAAACAUCAUGUCAACGUUUGUGAAUCCUGUCUGGUGAAUGAACAUCCCCAAUGUAUUGUGCGUUCGUACGUCUCAUGGCUACAAGAUAAUGAUUUCAAUCCCAAUUGUUCUCUAUGUCAGCGAUCAUUAACUGAUACCGGAGAAGAAACAAUACGUUUAGUUUGUUACGACCUGUUCCAUUGGUCAUGUCUCGACGAAUAUUUUCGCUCAUUUCCAUCUCAUACAGCACCCGAUGGUUACACGUGUCCUACGUGUCAAAUGUGUGUUUUUCCGCCACCCAAUCUUGCCUCACCAGUUGCUGAACAAUUGCGAAAGAAACUAGCGACUGCUCAUUGGGCAACACAUUUGGCAAGUUUAUCUUCGAAUGAACCGCCAGUACAUCACGAAAAUCAACAAUCGUUGGUUGAAACGGAAAAAAACGGCUACGUCAUCGUGAAUCCAACUGCAAGUGGCAAUAGUAUGAUAGGAGAAACAAACCGAUUAUCGCAUUUGCCUCAUCGAACUAUCGACAUGUCACACGAAUCAACAACAUUUCUACCCAAAUCUAUCGGAAACGAUCCGGAUGUCGAAGAUAAAUACAAACGGCGCAGUGUGUUCACUUGGUUUGCACGAUGGUUACGUUCUCGUCAGCCAACUAAUCGAAAAGGUGGUUCCAGUCAUCGUCCACCGAUGUCUCGUACUCGUUACACAAUUUACAUGAUAUUAGUUGUUCUUUUUGUCUUUAUUACGAUUUUAACGGUUUUAUAUCAUUUGACGCGUGGUGGUGAUAUGAACGAUCGAAAUGGCAAUGAAGAUCCGCAAUUUAAUCCAUUCAACAAUCCAUUUGUUCGCGUCGGCGGUCGGUUUUUAAAAAAUCCACUUAAAGAAUCGAAUGUACCUAAUGAUGAACCGAAAUAA